UGAUUUGAUGUUCAUGUCCGGCAGACGUUGUGUCCACUGAUACUCAACCACAGCGCCUUGUUUUCAUUUAUUUAUUUAUUUAUUUAUUUGUGUGUGUCUAAACAAUGACACAGGUGAUGUUAUGUCACCGGACCGACCGCUGUAGAGAUGAUGGCUGCUGGCUGCUGCGGGACUACCCCGAGCGUCCAUGUAAAGCGCCCUGAUAGAGGCUCUCCAUGGAGGCUGUUUAUGCAAUCCGACGCAGUGUUGCAAGUGGGCCGAUUUGAUGCUACUGUCUCCAUAUGAUCCCCAGAACUGCCAGGCCUUUUAUGUUUCUGUGAAAUAUGCCCGGGCCUCGUGUGAAACAAGCGGAGGAGCUGGCGCUGCGUGGGGAUGAGGCUCUGAAAAAGAAAGGGGGCCCUUUCUGGAAUUAAGGCGUAAAAAAGCAGAGGGAAAGAGGGAGGGGGGGGAAGACACCGGACUGACCAUGUCGAAAGUUGUCAGUAACAAGGAGAAGAAAUCCUUCAGUAAAAAACUCUUCCGAAGGAGCUCGGUCCGCUCCGUUGGGAGCUUUAUGAACAGAGUUCUCCGGACUCUGUCGACUCUCUCUCAUUUCGGUACCGACGAGCAGGCCGCCGAGGACGAGAAGGACGAUGCAACUUCAGUCCCGACCACCACCGGGGGGUCACUCCCGUCCGACGACAGCGACUGCGGGGGGUUCCCUUUCGGGGACAAGGUGCCGGGUGUCGCCGGACUCAAGAACCACGGGAACACCUGCUUCAUGAACGCUAUCUUGCAGUGCCUGAGCAACACCGAGCUCUUUGCCGAGUACCUGGCUUUGGAGCAGUUCAAAGGGGGUGAGACGACCGGCGGCAACGACAAGGCCAAGUCCAACGGGGUGCUGGUGGUGCAGAAGAAGGGGAGCCAGCAGCAGGAGGCGGGGGAAGUGACCGAGCAGCUGUCCGGUCUGGUUCGGGCUCUGUGGACCUUCGAGUACACGCCCCAGCACAGCAGAGACUUCAAGAAUAUAGUGUCGAAGAGUGCCCUCCAGUUCAAGGGUAACUCCCAGCACGACGCCCAGGAAUUCCUCCUCUGGUUGCUGGAUAGAGUUCAUGAAGACCUCAACCAUAUCGUCCACCCUGACAUCAGACCCCCCAGGAAGCCUCCAGUAGAAGAAGAAAAUGCCCCUGAAGGAUCUCCACUACCAGCACCUGGAUCUUUUGUACAGGAGUUGUUUCAGGCACAAUACAGGUCCUCCCUGACUUGCCCUCACUGCCAGAAACAGAGCAACACCUUUGAUCCUUUCCUCUGCAUCUCACUGCCAAUCCCGGUACCUCACACACGGCCCUUGUAUGUGACAGUGGUGUACCAAGGAAAGUGCUCCCACUGUAUGAGAGUCGGGGUGGCGGUGCCCCUGUCUGGCACCGUGUCCAGGCUGAGACAAGCUGUGGCCCAAGAGACCAAAAUCCCUGCCCAACAGAUCGUCCUCACUGAGAUGUACUAUGACGGCUUUCAUCGCUCCUUCUGCGACGACGACGAUGACCUUGAGAUCAUCCAGGAGAGUGACUCCAUUUUUGCCUUUGAGACACCUGAGCUAUUCAGACCAGAGCAGAUCCGCUCCAAGCGAGGCGGGAGCCCACAUGCAAAUCUCAACCAGAACAACCUAAAGUACGGCACAGAUAAUAGUAGGAUAUCCACACAAAUGCAAGAGCCUACAACUCCACCUCAGAGUCCCAAUAAGAACAGCGAGCAGGCUGAGAAGAUUGUGCUAUUGGUGUGUAACAGAGCCUGCGCUGGACAGCAAGGACGCAGGUUUGGUAAUCCAUUCAUCCUGUAUUUGGAGCGUACAGUGACAUGGGAUGUGCUUCAGAAAGAGAUCUUGGAGAAGAUGCGGCAUCUUUUGCGCCCUGGAGUCCUUGUGCAGGUAGGGCCCUUCACUUUGCGUGUGGUAGGAGUGGUUGGGAUCACAUAUCUCUUGCCUCAGGAGGAGCAGCCGCUCUGCCAUCCCUCUGUGGAGAGGGCAUUCAAGUCUUGCGGUCCUGGAGGGCCACCUCACGUCAAAAUUGUUGUUGAAUGGGACAAAGAGACGAAAGACUAUCUGUUCAAAAGAACGGAGGAUGAAUACAUACCAGAUGCUGAAAGUGUGCGUCAAGCAAAGGAGCAGCACCUGCAGCCUCAGACCUGCUCACUUGCACAGUGCUUUCAACUCUACACCAAAGAGGAACAGCUUGCUCCUGAUGAUGCAUGGCGAUGUCCACACUGUAAGCAGCUUCAGCAGGGCAGCAUCAAGCUCAGUCUGUGGACCCUGCCGGACAUCCUCAUACUUCACCUGAAACGUUUCAGACAGGAUGGGGAUCGACGAAUGAAGAUGCAGAACAUGGUGAAGUUCCCGCUCACAGGCAUGGACAUGGCGCCUCAUAUGGUGAAAAGGAGCCAGAGCAGCUGGAGUCUCCCCUCCCACUGGUCACCAUGGAGACGGCCUUAUGGGAUGGGCCGUGACCCAGAAGACUACCUUUAUGACCUGUAUGCAGUGUGUAACCAUCAUGGGACCAUGCAGGGAGGACAUUACACAGCUCACUGUAAGAACUCCAUUGAUGGACAGUGGUAUUGCUUUGAUGAUAGCGAUGUUCAUCCCAUAUCUGAAGAUGAGGUCUGCAAGCCGACUGGUUAUAUCUUGUUCUAUCAAAGACGUGCCACUAUUCCAUCCUGGUCUGCCAACAGUUCUGUGGGAGGAUCCACCAGUUCCUCUUUGUGUGAGCACUGGAUUAGUCGGCUGAUGGGUAGCCGUCCACCUAGCCAAGCCUCAUCUGGUUCCUCCAGACGUACCUCAUUGGCCUCCCUCUCUGAGUCGGCUGAGUUUGCUGGUGAACGGAGCGAGGAUGAUGGCCUAUCGAGCCGGCCAGCAGUAAGGGGCAUGCAAAGACAAACUUUCUCCUCAAGAUCUUCCAUUGCCAGCCCGCUGGUGCUCAGCGAGAAUGGUACUAAACCAUCCUGGUCCCACUCUGCUAAGCUCCAACUUCGUUCCAACUCUCCCUCGCGCUUCUCCCUGGAAUCCCACUCCUCCUCCCCGACACUGGAGAGGAUAGGAGAGGUAGUUGAUAGCAAGCUGUCAACCUCCUGUUUCCCUGGUUCACCUAAGCCAGAAAAAUUGUCAGGGGUCAAGUCGGCCCUCGCAGUUUUGGAGAGUAAUCCAGGCAGUAAGAGGCUGAUAGAGCAGGUUCACUCCAAGGCCGUGGCACAGGCAGAGCAGAGAAGCUCCAUCCAAGCAGGGGAUAACAACAAUGUAGUCACUGGUGCUGAGCCGGUCAGUCCUCGACAUGGGGCGGCCGCAAAGGAGCCAAAACGGGAGAGGAAUGGGUCUGCAGAUGGCGCUGGUAUUAAAAGGACCUCAGCAAAGACCGGGUUAGAGAGUGAAAGGAGUCCCAAGAAGCGUGCUGCCACCUCCUCAACGUCAUCCAGCUCUCUGUCUCCUGCAUCCCCAGCCUUGGACAAGUUACCGUCUCGAACACAGACCAAGAGUGCAGCGCCAGCGUCAGCGACAGCGUCAGCGUCAAACCCCAAGGACAAAAGCGAUGGACCACCUAAAACUAGCAAGGCCGGUUCCUUGAGAACAGCAACCCCCUCCAAGAAGGGGUCAUCCCAACCCCCAGAGGUAUUACAUCCUGACUCUGCCCAGCAGAGAAAGAGUGGUUCUCCAGGAUUACAAAGCUCACACCCUCAGAGGAGGACAUCACCAAGAGGGGCAGGCGAGAAAAGCUCAGCCUCAGGAAGGACUAGAGCAGCAGACAGGAGCACUAGCCGUGAAUCCUCACGGACCAAUGUGGUCCCAGAGAGGAAGGUUAAUCCUGGAGGUCCUCCCUCCAGGUCGAGUGCUGCUAGUAGAGCGGAGGCCAGGCCGGGCCGUCCUGCGGAGAAUAAGGCUGCGGGCCGAAGCUCAAGCAGUAGCUCCUCCAUAACUAGCCUCCGAUCUUCGAGUGUAGGUGUUUCCUCUACAAGUGCAGCCACACCACCAAGGGGACCUCAAAGGAACAGUAAGACAGAGGAGAAAGGUUUAUCUUUCUUCAAAACUGCUCUGAAGCCAAAAGAGACCCGUAAAUCAGUUAAUGGUGGGAAAGCAGGGGUGGGAGAAGCUAAAGGAAGUCCAGAGGAUGGUGGUGGGGAUGCAGCUAAAGAAGGAAUCCCGCACGGAGCGGGCAAGAAAUCCCAGAAUGUGGCCUCAGAGGCCCAGACUAACGUGACCACAGCCAAAGACAAGGAGUCCUCUAAGGCGUCCGCUGCAGCUAAGCAUUCACUGCUGCCCUCCACAAAGUCCAAGCUUUCUGGGCCAGAAACAACCACCCAGUCCUCUGCCAAUGCAAAAGACCCUUCAAAGAAAGAGCCUGCUAAAAAGACAAUGCAGUCGAGGAAGAUCCCCAUCAACUCUACACAAACUAGCCAGAGGGCCAAGUAACAUUAUUUUAAAGGCCUGAUAACAAUCUCUCUAGUGCAGCUCUGAGGUGUUUUAUCCAUCUAACUAGACUGAGUGUCUAACAACAUCUUUAAAGCACCUGUAGCUUUUCAGUGGUUACUGAAUACCAGCUGCCAUACUGGACAAUUCCUGUCCAUGUUGUUAAAUAGUUAUUUAGGAAUGGAUUUUAACAAAGCACUUUGUAUGGAUUGCAUUGAUUUUGAGGAAUAUUAUAAUGUAUUGUAAAUAAGCAUGGACUGCACAUGUAUUGAAAUUAUUGCCUUGUUCUGUCUGUAGCAUAGUUGAGAGAAGUACAUCUCAGUAGGAGGUGAAAAUAAAAGUGACUUUGCACAAGAUGGAAAGCAGAUAUAAUGGUGGAAAGGAACUUUUGAGAUACAUCAAACAUGGACUACUCAGUCGCCAAAGGAAGUUUACUGGCAAUUUUUAACAUGCUGAUGCAGUGAAACACUGGAUUAUUUCCAAAAAUCUUUAUGUACAGCUCUCCUUCAAUAUUGAGAGCCAUAUGUCAACAACAAACAUCAGUGCCUCAGAUAAUCAAAGUUAAGUAUUUAAUCUAAAUUGUAUAAUUGCAGGUGUUGGUAAAUUUAUAAUUCAAUUUUAAUAUUUAUUAAGCACUGAAAAUGCCAUUUCAAGUAAAACACAAUUUAAGCCUAUUUAACCUGAACUGCUGUUUACAUUAUGCUCCUUGGUGUAGUCAUUGUGCAACAGCCUUUAAGAAGUAUUUUUGUGCAGCCAAAAUCAAGACUGUCAUCGAGAGGCCGAGGAGAAGUGCAGGAAUGAAGCAUGUGUUGUUGGUGUUAAAUGUCUGGAGACUUUGGUUUGUGAUGGUUCUUAAAUGUUUGUGUUUUAUUUACCUGUAAUAACCUGUUACCCCUCAGACAACCCCACCCACCCCCACCCGUCACCACCUCUGCCCUCCAGCUGCUGAUGGCGACACUUAACCGCGGGUGCCCAUGUUCCUCAUGGGGAUCUGCCUCUUCAGACUGCCAGACAUCUCCAAACAUUCCUCUCAGAUGAACACAGGGUUAAUGUAAAAAGCCACUACGCACACAGACAACAUGUUCAACAGACAGCUGGGAUGCCUUCGUUGAAACACCAUACAUGUACAUAGAGCAUUAUGGUACGUUUGAGUCAGCCCAUCUUCUGCCUUCACAUGUGACAUCACAGCUUGUGCACAUUUUUAGCUUGCAUUACAGAGUAGAUCAAGACUGAACACACCGACAUAGAUUGAGAAAAGAGAUCACCACUCAUGAAGUAUAUGACAGUUGUUGCAUGAAAAAUUGCUUAUGCAUGCACUUAACUAUGCAAGCAGAUUCUUGCUAAUGCCCACACUGAGUAUGUAGACGUGCUACUCUUGGAUGUGUAUAUAUUUCUAACUGUAUAUUUUUCCAAAUGCCAGCAUCAGAGAGCAUGUUAAGGCAUCCUUUAUUAAAGCUUUGUUUGCACAUUUCUUCAAAGUAAUAUACAUUUUGUAUGAAUGAUAAGUAUUGCUCAUUCACUCCCUCAAAGUAAAUCAACUAAUUUGCAAAUUAAUGUUUUCUGCAUUGCAUUCAUUUGUCUCAUGUUUUUCUCACAAUUUCAAACCUUUACAACCUUUAACAGAAGACUUUUUUAUAUGGCUUUGGCUAGAAAACAUUGCUGCGGUUUAGAAGUCGGGGUAUAACUUUCUUUUAUCAUCUGUAGUAGUUUGAGAGUUUUACCAGAUCUUGAGAGCUGAGAAAUUAAAAUGACACUGGUCCGAAGACAGUUGUGUUUUAUACAAGAACUAAUGGCAGGCUUGUUGUCUGGUUCUAAAUAUAUACAGUUUAACUUAUCCUUUAUAACCACUCCGUCUUCUGCUUUUGUCUGAAGAUCCAAAAAAAGUAAUGAUGCGUGAUUUGACAUUGUUUUUUUGUUCAAUUCUUGUAUGAUCAAGUCUGUCUCAAAGAACCUACUACAACAAUACUGGUGUCUUGACAAGACAGAUUUCACUGUGAAAUUGCCCUGGAAGGCAUCAUUAACUCAUUUUGUAACAGAAGUCCCACCAGUUACAAAUGUAAUAAUGGUUGUAAUAAUAUACAUCAGAAUUAGAGAUUUAUUGAAUGUCAGUGUCACAGUAAAGGAUGAGUGAUCAUCAGUAACCCAAGCAGCCGGACCACAAGUUACUUCAUAUGGUGCAGUAGAGAAGAAAUGAUUAUCUUUAGUGCCUGGUGGCUACAGUGUGUUGAUACUGUGCUAUUCCAUCCAACACAUGCAGUAUAUAAACUGACAAAAUGUAUGUCACAUCAACAUUAAGGGAAACUUUUGAGUGUUGACAAAAUGAAACGGAUGUAUUCAUAUAACAAAAUGCUGCGUGGAGUGAGUUAUUUUCACAAAUGCAUGAGAAUGAUCAAACAUUUUUAUUUUUCCAUUUAUAUUCUGUGAUAAAAUGUAAUUUUUAACAUGUACUGUGUUGAUCUUUCUUGGGGGGUUACAGUG